AUGAGCUCCGCCGGGGCCCGGGUAGUGGUGGGAGCCCAUGGAGACGACGACCAGGGUUCCAACUCCGGCUCCGUCUACGUGUUCGACGGGGCCACCGGCUCGCAGCUGCUCAAACUGGGGGACGAGAAUGGGGCCGCCUCCCGCAGAUUUGGCUGGUCCUUGGCCGUGGGCUCCGACGGGGCCGGGGUGGUGGUGGGGACCAACGUGGGCUCAGGGAGCACGUACGUCUUCCGCAUCGGGACCAUGGUGACAAUCGACGUUAACUUGAGCACCGCGAGUACAACUGAGACGACCACCACCAACAUAGCAUCAGUCGACACCGACUCGAGAACCACGACCAGCGCCCAGGCGACCACAACGGACGCGGUGGCCACUGCCACGACCAGAGUGGCGACUUCCGACGCCAACACGAGCACCACGGCCACCACCGAGACAACCACCACCGCAGGUGCCACUUCCACUGGAUACGGUGAGGCGCUGGAGACAACCACCGACCUGGCGCAGGAGACGACCAUGGCCGAUGGGGUCGUUCAGGCUCUGCCGCUGACGAACUCGUGGACACCCGAGUUCGCCCAGCUGUCGCGGACCGCGCCUGCCGUUGCGGUCGCCGCGGCGCUCCUUUCUCUCUAG